CGUCGGUGGGGGGCUCCGCUCGGAGAAAGGGCACCUGCCCAUCCCGGCGGUGAGGCCGGCGGCCCAGGAAUCCCCUUGAGCCUUCGCCAACCGGGAUGGAGGCCGUCAUUCUGCAGCAACAAGUUUCAGAUUUAAGUCUCUUGGUGACACUCCUGUUUAUCGAGCCCUCCUCCCUGUGUUAGAACUGUUUUACGUGUAUUGGAUUUGACAGUGAAUGAUCAAUCUGGACAAAAAUCCCUGCACACCGGGGGCUUGCCUUUUAAUAAAACUUGAGACGACAGUGGGACGGCAAUGGGAAUAACUCAGAAUAAGGAGUUGUUUGGAUGGAUGGAUGGAUGGAUGGGGUCGAAAAGAUACGGAUGGAGGAAUGGCGAUGUGUUACCGUUAUAAGCUGAGCGGCGUGCACAUCGGGAAUGCACCUCGGCAUGUAGGAUUAGCGAAUUUGUGCUGUUGCUGUAAGAGGGAGUAUUAAUUUACCUUUCUUUUCCCAUUCAGGAGGAGACUACAGAUUAGGUUAUAGAAAACGGAGAAGCGAUGUUUCGAAGGCCUGUGUUACAGGUGCUUCAUAAAUUUGUAAGACAUGAAUCUGAAGUAGUAAGCAGCUUGGUUCUUGAAAGAUCUCUGAAUCGUGUGCAGUUACUUGGGCGAGUGGGUCAAGACCCUGUCAUGAGACAGGUGGAAGGGAAAAACCCAGUCACAAUAUUUUCUCUAGCAACAAAUGAGAUGUGGAAAUCAGGAGACAAUGAGACAUACCAAAUGGGUGAUGUCAGUCAAAAGACAACAUGGCACAGAAUUUCAGUAUUCCGACCAGGCCUCAGAGACGUGGCAUAUCAGUAUGUGAAAAAGGGGUCUCGAAUUUAUGUGGAAGGGAAAGUAGACUAUGGUGAAUACAUGGACAAAAAUAAUGUGAGGCGACAAGCAACAACAAUCAUAGCUGAUAACAUUAUAUUUCUGAGUGACCAGACAAAAGAGAAGGCGUAGAGCGGACCGUUCUUCUUUGGCCAGUGUUUGGUAGCUCAGAGCUCUGCUCCCUUUGGAACUGAGCCCAAGUCCUCCAUCUCCUUCGUGACUCAGAUCUCUUUCCUCUCUGCGUGACACU